CACCUUUUAGUUGAAUUUCAGUCGGCUCAACACAAAGAAGAACACAUUUGACAUAUACAUAUGUGUUUUUGGUCCUUUUCUUCCAUAUUUGUAUUUAGUUGUAAUUGCUUCUUUAUUCGUCAGCGUGGAUUGAAGCAAUUUUGUCGAGUUUGUGGAUCUGACGUGCCAGGAUGAAGCAAAUGGCUGUACUCAUCAGACAAGCUUUGUCAGCUUCUAGGCGUGAUAUCCCAAAUAUGGCUGCUGUUUGUCCGUCCACUGCGUGGGCCCAUACGCCUCCAUAUGCUCACCAUGCACGGUACCUGGCUGUUAAACAGGGAAGAGGGCAUAACAAUAGUCAGAAGACAAGUGUGAAACCAUUGAAAGUGGAGAAACAAGAGAAGCAGGAAGUGGAGAUCAAACAGUCUAUGUCUGUGUCUGAACUUGCUCAGGCAAUGAAUAAAGAUAUAGAUCAUGUAUAUGAAGCCCUACUCAACACGUCUGUAGACCUAGAACAUCUGGAGCCAAACACUAUGUUGGGUGAGAAGUGGAUAAAGGAAGCAAUAAAGAGAUGUGGAAUGAAAUACAAAUGGGCCAAGAUAGUGGAAACCAAAGUCCGAGAAAAUAAGGACAUCCAGAGACAACCUCCUCCAGAUCUUGCUCGUUUAGUGAAUCGACCUCCAGUAGUAACCAUUAUGGGGCAUGUGGAUCAUGGAAAGACCACGCUGCUGGACAGCCUUCGGAAGAGCCAGAUUGCUGCACAAGAGGCUGGGGGCAUCACACAACACAUUGGAGCCUUUCUAGUCCAGCUGCCCUCUGGUGAGAUGAUCACAUUUCUGGACACCCCUGGACAUGCAGCAUUUUCUGCCAUGCGGGCCCGUGGAGCCCUGAUUACAGACAUAAUCAUUUUGGUGGUUGCAGCUGAUGAUGGAGUGAUGAACCAAACCAUUGAAUCCAUACAGCAUGCCAAGAAAGCCAAAGUUCCGAUCAUUGUAGCAGUGAAUAAAUGUGAUAAGCCUCAGGCAGACCCCAAGAAGGUGAAACGUGAUCUCCUGGCCUACGAUGUUGUGUGUGAAGAGUUAGGAGGAGAUGUUCAGGCUAUCCAUAUAUCUGCUUUACAGGGAGAGAAUCUUUUGGAGCUGGCUGAAGCCAUAAUAGCACUUGCCGAGGUGUUGGAGCUGAAGGCUGACCCCUUAGGCCUCACAGAAGGCACCGUCAUAGAAAGCCGUACAGACAAGGGCAAAGGACCUGUAACCACAGCGAUAAUUCAACGGGGUAUUCUGAAGAAGGGCUGUAUACUGGUGGCAGGGAAGGCCUGGGCUAAAGUGCGCUUGUUAUUCGAUGUGAACAACCAAGCAGUGGCAGAGGCGGGGCCAGGCACUCCAGUGGAGAUUGUUGGUUGGAAAGAGCUACCUUCUGUUGGCGAGGAGAUUCUGGAAGUGGAGUCAGAGCAAAGGGCUCGGGAAGUGGUAGAGUGGCGUACAUACACGGAGGAGCAGAACAAGCUCAAGGAGGACCAGAGAGUCAUUGUGGCUAACCAGAUGCAGCACCAAGAGAGCUAUAAGAAAGAGAGGGAGAGACUGGCCCAUCUCAGUUGGAAGCAGAGAAAAGCUGUGUUAUACCGGGCCAACAAGCAUCGCAUGGCCUGCAGACCCAGCGAGAGAGCCGAGACUGAGGAGCUGAGUCUAUCUCUUAUUGUCAAGGGUGAUGUCGAGGGCUCAGUGGAGGCCAUUUUGAACAUCCUUGAAAGUUAUGAUGCAGAUGAACAGUGCCAGCUGAACAUAGUGCAUUUUGGUGUUGGAGACAUCUCAGAAAAUGACAUUAACUUGGCAGAGGCAUUCUCAGGAACAAUAUAUGGUUUCAAUGUUGCAGCUAAUAAAUCAAUUCAAGAUAUAGCUGCUAAGAAGCAAAUACCCUUAAAGAUGCAUCGUGUCAUCUACCAUUUAAUAGAUGACCUGAAAGAAGAACUUGGUAGCAAACUUGCCCCAACCACUGAAGAGAAAAUAAUAGGAGAGGCUUCAGUUCUGGCCACAUUUGACGUAACUAUAGGAAAGAAGAAAGUACCUGUGGCUGGCUGCAGGAUCCAGAAGGGCCAGCUGGACAAGAAGAUGAAAUUUCGUCUGACCAGAGGAAAAGAGAUUCUCUGGGAAGGUUCUCUGACUGCACUAAAACAUCAUAAAGAUGAUGUACAGAUUGUGAAGACAGGCAUGGAGUGUGGAGUUUCUUUGGAUAAAGUUAUUGAGUUUAAUGUUGGAGACGAAAUAAUAUGUUAUGAGGAGAUUGAAAAACCACAGAGAAUAUCUUGGGAUCCAGGGUUUUAAAGGACUGUCUGAAAAUCAGGGAAAUCAUCAGACUCAAGGAGACAAGGAGAAUUCAACAUGGGUACAAACAGACUAUUCUGUAUUUAUUAAGUGAACAACUUUUGUUGAAUACUAGGUUCAUAUAUGUGACCGAAGAAUAUGCUCCUUUGUUUUUAUUGAUGUUUUGCUUUCAUUUCAUUUUGGCUCAGUUAAUGUGUGGUCAUGGAAAGAAUGCAGUGAUCAUGCUUUGCUAUAAGGUUUGAAUGUUCAGCACACCAUCUUGCUUUGUGAACUGAAAAAUGUAAGCAAUUUUACAGCAUUCCAAAGUCACAUGAUUGUUCCAUAGCAUACUGAAGUAAACUUUUAUUUUACAUUUGAAUUGUACUCCUUGUAUUGCAUUUCAUACUGGCAUGGAUAAUCUUCCAUGUAUUACAUGAAUAAUGCAUUGUCAGCCAGAGGUGCUUUAUUGUGCUCAAUGACCCUAGGGUUACAGGGUGCCUCUGUCAAUCUUUCAGAAUUUUAGUAAUCAAAAAUAUUCCAAAGCUUUCACGUUUUGACUUAUGAAUAUUUUCCCUUAAUGUGAAUUCAGUACAGACUAUAAUAAUACUGUUUACACUCUGAUAAGCUGAUUUAGCUGAUCAAAAUAUCCUAAUUAUUCUUUUAAUGAAACAUUUUUCGCAUAAGACAAUUUUUCAGGUUCUUGUUAAUUUGUUUUUUUGGUUUUUUUUGGUGCAGCAAAACUUAAAUGGGACAAUAAUUACAUUGUAGUGCAGAGGCAUCCCUGUAACUGAUGCACAUAUUGAAGGUGGAGCAGUUAUUAUGGGAAAUCGAAAAUUCUCUACCAUGUGGAAGAAGUGGAAUGCAAAAGUCUUGCGAAUAAAAGGCAGAUUUCA